UUAAAACCACUAAUUACGUCCUACCAGAAAUAACAAAAUCAUCAUCUUUUAUAAAAAAAUCAAUCACUCUCUCUUGUCUUCUUCAUCUUCUCUGUUUGUGCCUUCCUCUUUAUCAGAAAUUGCAGCUUGUACGAAAACAGGUAAAUCUUCAUAUACGUAGAGCAAUCAAAUUUUUAGUUUUAAGGUUUUUUAUUAAGUUCAUAAAUUUAUGAUUUUGCUAUGAUCUAUUUAGGGUUUAAAUUAUGGCAAAGUUUACGAGAUUGAUAACAGCCAUGGAGCUGAGAGCCACGGUGGAGAAUCGAAUUCGAUACUCUACAAAACACAUUAAACACUUGCCACCUGGCUCAAUCACUGAGUUUGAUUGGAAGGAUUACUGUCCCGUUGGUUUCGGACUUAUUCAAGAACUUGAGGGUAUAGAUCAUGAUGAUUACUUGCUAUCCAUUUGCACUGAUGAGACUCUCAAGAAGAUUUCUUCUGGGAAAAUUGGAAAUGUCUUUCAUAUUUCCAAUGAUAACCGUUUUCUCAUCAAGAUUCUUCGAAAAUCCGAAAUUAAGGUGACACUAGAGAUGCUUCCACGUUACUACAGACAUAUUAAUUAUCACAGAUCAUCACUAUUCACAAGGAUUUUUGGUGCUCAUUCUGUGAAGCCUCUUGGAGGUGUUAAGACAUAUUUUGCUGUGAUGUCAAACAUGCUACAUUCAACGAUCUUUGUGAACAAGCUCUAUGAUCUUAAAGGUUCUCCGAAAGGUCGAUCUAACAAGAAAAUUGAAGUGAGAAACACCACUGUUUUGAAGGACAUCGAUUUCGAUUUCUGUUUCUACGUUGAUCCUUUGGCGAGACAACGCAUCAUCAAGCAAACAAAGCUAGAUUGCGAGCUUUUGGAAGAAGAAGGUAUAAUGGAUUAUAGCUUAUUGGUUGGUUUACAAUCUAAAGGCUCAUGUCAAGGUUCACUUGAUGGAUUGAACCCGGUUUACGGUAGCUUCGCACCUCCAAGCUCGUUCAAAAGCAAUAGCACAAAGUCGAUGAAGACGGCUUCUAGUUCUCCUGAUAGAUCUUCUGUAGCAAUGUAUUCAUGCUCUCCCGAUAGAGAUUCAGUCGAAAACGAAAUGUCAAUGACUAUACAAUCAGUGACAAGCAAUAGCGCAAGCUCAGAAACAAAUAUAUUAGCCACAACACUCAGUGACCUCUUUCACAAUAGCUCAAAUAUCAAUUUUGGGAUGAAGAUUCCAGCGAGGGCACGGCGAGUGACGAGAGAAACCGGAGAAGAAGAAUGGUACAAUGUUGUUUUGUAUAUAGGGAUAGUAGACACAUUUCAAGACUAUGGUAUGAAGAAACGCAUAGAACAUUGUUACAAAUCCAUUCAAUAUAACUCAAACUCAAUCUCAACCGUCCAUCCUAAGAUCUACUCUUCUAGAUUCCAAGACUUUGUCUCCAACAUCUUCCUACCUCACGACGAUGAUCUCUCUUCGAAAUAUUGAGUUGUUUGUUAUUUUUGAUUUCCAAGUGGAAUUAUUAGAGUGUUAAGAGGUACACUUCUUACGACCCAAGUUGGUG